AUGGAGGAGAACUAUCCUGCAAUGAAAGAGGAACGGUCUGAACUCACUCUUCUGAAGGCUCAACUGGAGCAAGAGAUUUCUGAUCAGAGAAAGCAGAAGGAGGAAACACGUCAGCUGAUCGUUCGACGUGAGGAGGAAAAGAGAGAACAGGAAUCGCUUCGAGAACACAUCAACGUUCUGACAGCAGAGAGAAACACACUGGCCGAAGAACUGCAACACCGUAAGGCGCUGGAGUCUGAAUGUAAGGAGUUACAAGCAGAAACCAGCGACUUGGUGAAACAGGUUUUCAACCAGACACAAGAUGUUGAAGAGCUGAAGGACAUGGUUUCAGAGUUUCACGAUGUGCAAGAAAAACUCAAUAAUGCACAGGAGGAAAAUCUGAAGGCAAAGAACAAAAGCAACCUUCUCCAGAACCAAAUCCAGGACCUGAAGGUUCAGAUCCAGAACCCACAACUGACAGUCGCUGCUCUGGAGAAAGAAGUCAAAGACCUCCAGGGGACAAAUAAAGAAAUUAAGGAAGUUCAAGCUGAAUAUGACAGAAUCUCUGAAAAAAAGUCUAAACUUGAGUACAAAAAGAAGCAGCUUCUGGAGGAAGUUUCACAUCUGAAACUGCAGAAAGAGGAAAUAUGUGAACUGGCUGUUAAAUACAACACCGUACUGGAUAAACUGGGACCCCUUCGAGAGGAAACACAGACCCUCAAAGAGGAAAGAAAGACGAUGACUGAUCUUCUGAAACAGCGUCAAACACUGGAGACGGAAUAUAACGAGAUCAAAGCAGAAGCUGACCAGGUGGAAGCUGAAAACUUCCAACUUCAUGCUGAAGUUGAUGAUCUCCAGAAGAAGCUUUCAGACGUGAAAGAUGUGGAGGAGAAAGUUUUAAAAACGAAGGAGAGAAAUCUGAAAGCAAAGCAAGAACAUGACCGUCUCCAGAACCAAGUCCAAGACCUGCAGGUUCAGAUGCAGAAUCCACAACCGGUUCCACGUCUGACCCAGCAGCAAAAUGAAGCUCAUGAACUGGUGGUUAAGUACAACAAAGUAAUGGAUGAACUGAAGGGACGUUUUCAGUACAAAAAGGUUCUGGAUGAACUGAAGAGACGAACAGUAAUGAGACGGAAGUUAUAUGAGCUGAAAAGCACACGGGGAAGGGUUCAGAUCUGAACCAGAACCAAGGUCCAGAAUUUUCCUCCAACUCUGAUCAGGAAAAAAACUAAAAAAGGGGAGAUAAAUGUAUAAAUGUGUUUAUAAAACAAAACAAAAAUGGGGUAAAAAAAAAAACUUUUAAAUUUGAUUGUUAUCGUCAUCCUUGUGCUAUCGUGGGAUAUG